AUGGUGACAACUCAGCCUAUCAUACCCCAAACUCAAGUUGGCGCUGAACAUGAAGCCUCCUUCACUCACAUUCUCAUGAGAGAACUCAUGAGCUCACGGCUGGCACCGCAAUUGCACAGGAGUCGAGCUCCUGGUCCUGGCCAUCAGAGGCAGCAAAACUCCUCCGAUAUUGCGGGUGAUUUGGACACGAGCCCUCUCUCACUGCCAACGAGACAGAUAGCGGAGAAUCUCGUCAAAGAGUACUUCCAAUCUACGAGUGCUGGUAUGCCGUUGCUGCACGAGCCCACCUUCAGAAAGAAGCUCGAUCUCAUCUACGAUAUGCCUCGAGUGGUCGACAUGGCCGAAGACCACAAAACUAUAGAGUCGAAACUUGCUCUCUUCUUCGUGCUCGAAGUCUUUGCGGCGGCGCUCCUAUCAAUGUCCAAGAAUGAUCCUGCGAGAAUACCAAUAUGGCUAGCAGAUCGUUAUCACAAAACAGCUAUCGCAGCUCUCAUCGAAGCCGGUCUGCCAGCCGACGUCGAAGGCGUCCAGGUCCUCCUCCUCGUUGGGCAGUUCUACUAUCUCCAUCCAACACUAUGGGUUGUCUGGAAUACAGUUGGUGCUGCUAUCCGCCUUGCCGUGGAGCUGGGCCUGCACCAAGAUCCGUCCCCCGAAGAGGUGGACACUCUCACACUCGACACCAGAAGACGAACUUUCUGGGUAGCAUACGCAAUGGAUCGCAACAUUUCGGUGGCGCUCAACAUGCCGUCCUGUCUUUCAGACGGCGCAAUCAACGUCGAGUUUCCUAGCGAUAUCAACGACGAGCUCAUCACCAUAGACGGCAUUAGGCAGGAUGAGGCGCAAAAGUCAGGAGCUAAGCUAGUCAGUCUACAUCUGUUUCGGUACCGCCAGAUUCAGUCCGAAAUGCAGCGAGUUCUCUACGAGAAGCCAUCGCCUCCGUAUUCCCCCGUCCCGAUGGACGACUGGCAGCCAAAGAUGCGCGACCGUAUCGACGAGUGGCUUCGAAAUAUCCCCGCGGGAGACAACUUGAACAGCCUCGAUAAGACUGUCGUUGAAACCUUUGAGCUAACACAUCAUACGGCGUUGUUCCGCCUUUACCGCCCAUCUCCGAACAAUCCCAACCCAUCAGGUAUUCAACUGCUAGCCGCCACCCAGUCAGCCAUGAAGAUGAUCCAUCUUUACCGGGAGUUCUUCCGCAGGAAGAGAUUGACCAUUUACUGGCAGUCUGUGGAGAACGUUUUCUCUGCCGGGACAACUCUGUUGUUCGCGUACACCAACUCCGCUGAAGUGAGAGAGGCGAUCAGCUCCCAGUCUUUCCAGUCUCUUGUCAACACAUGCUCUUCCAUACUAUGGGGGAUGGUGGAACAUUUUCCAGCAUUUCAAGGCAAACGAGAUGUCUUCGACACGGCUUCGUCAAAGGUCAUGAUGGAACUGUCGCAUGGCGUUUGCUCGGGCGAAUCCGGGCUGGUCGCUCCAUCCUCUGCAACUGAUACGGCCCAAGAAGUCCAGGAGACACAAUUAGCCUCGCUGGGUACGAUUGACUCCACCAACUUCGAUAUGCAGCCGUCAUCUACGAGUCUUUUGGACUUUGAUGAUUUGUCCAUGAUAUGGGAAGCCACGGCUGACUUGAGCGGGACUUUCAUGCCGUCCUGGGUGUGA